GCUGUAGGUACCUAGGUAGGGAUCAAGGUGGCCCAAGCACGCUAUCCACCUACCUACCUAGACGGGCAGGAUGGGCUAAAUACUACUUAGGUAGGUAUCUAGGUAUCCUACUCCAUACCAGCAUCCCAAAUAGAGUCGUCUCGUCAUGAAACGCCAUCUCAUGAGUUUUCUCUUCACUUUGUUCUCCUGCAAAUUACAAAGUUCUCUCUGUCACUCAUCUCAUCUCCUCGAGCCAUAGAUAUUAAAUUUUAAAAACACGAAAGCCCAAAAUGCCUGAACGUUCUCUUCUAUUCUCCCCAGCUCCGUACCAUGUCCUAUCGUACGGCGCGCUGUUAGGCACACAAUUCUUCCAUACCUUUCUCAACUCGAUCAUUUCCUUCAAAGUCCUACAACGGCCGCAGUUUGCCAUCCUACAGCGAGCUGUCUUCCCCGCCUAUUUCGGGAUUCAAACUGUAGCACCUGUCGUCCUCGCACUUACAUAUCCCGGAGGAGCCGGGCGCCUCGCCGCAUUGCCACAGGGCAUUAGCGGUGUCCUGCACCCAGCGAAUCGCUGGGGAGUACUAGCACCCUUGACCGCGGCGUUUGUGACAGGUCUGGCAAACUGGGCUUACUUUUUGCCCGAAACGAAUAAAAUCACUGCACAGCGAAGGGAACAAGAGGUUAAAGACGGCAAACAGAGCUGGGAGAAAACGACACAUUCCAAAGACAUGAAAGCGCUGAACAAGAAGUUUGCUAAGAUUCAUGGUUACUCUUCACUUUUUAACCUCGUCACUUUCAUCGCCACAGUGGUUUAUGGUGUACACCUAUCUGCGAGAAUUGCCUAAGAUCUCAUUUUCCCGCUCAUGUAGGAUAUGCGCUAAGUCACCGAGUUAAGGAGAUAUAUAUCGUCAUACCUUUGACAUCUCACGAUAUAAGAUCUUCAAAUUCUAUAAAAGUUACUGUUGGUGAUGAUAUAAGCUAUGGGAGUAUCGUCUGAUGUGAAUACUU